GUUUCUUGGGUUGGUUUUAUAUGUUCAUCAUAUACUUCCUAUCCCGUUUUCAGUCAUUUUCGAGUGAAAGUCCUUAAUUCUAGGAAGCGAUCUAGAUUGUGUCCUUCCGAUAGGACCGAUGCACUUUCUCGGGGACUUCGAAGUUCUAGUUGUCCCGGUGCUUCAGUUUGCUAAUCCGCCUUUAAUCUGUCCCUUGAAAUCGGGGAGGAUCGCCCAAAAGAAAUGCCACAGCAUUGCCGUUGUUCGUCCGAACAUAAUGGAAAAUGUGCAACAAAGAUUCCUGGUGACAGGCAACGCUUCCGGGCACAAGGUUACCUGUUCGUUCGAACAGGAAAGGCAUGUCGGUGACAUGCAUUCUGGGCUGCUGGGAGAAUAUUGGUCCCGGUGUAAAAUGGUGUGUAUCAGGCACCUUUCCGAAAGGUUCCAGAACGAGUAGGAAGAGUGAUGAAAACUAUUGUCCAUCAAAAAGUGUAGCCGUGAGAAGAGAAACCUUAUGAUUGUGAAGAAAGGUAUGGAAUGAUCAAUCGAGCUGAAAGGAUAACGCUGAGCUUCUUGAAAUGUUGUGGACAAAUCAAUCGUUUAAAUCAG